CGGACGGCACCCUGACCAUCAACCCCGGAAAUCAUUGAACCACAGUACUUUAAUUGCUGCACUCUGCACUGUCGCCCGCAGGCUGCAGAGGCACAGGCACAGGCACAGUCCAGGAUACUCCGUACAGUACAGUAUUCAGUACAGUAACUAUCCCUCCCUAAUCGCUCUCCCUCGUCCGUUUCCGUCCCCAUCAUUCACUCAAUCCACCGCCGGCAACGCUAGGCUAGCUCCUAUCCUGGCUCCCUGGCUCCUAGCUAUCUCCUCGUCUCUUUCUGGCACUUUUACUCGAGCCUUGUCACUUUAGGUCUUUCGGCAAAAUUACCCUUACGCUACUUCUUCUGCUUGCUUCUCGACUUCACUGUCGCAAAUUGUUUUGACAACACCAUCACCGUCGCUCCUUCCUCCAAUAUUUUCUUUACACUUACACGUACACACUUACCUCCACCUACACCUGCACUCCCCUCGGCUUACCAGCGCGCCGUUCCCGCGAUUAGAGAUCCGAGAUCUGAUUCAACUGCCGCCGAUAAUAACCUUAAACCUGCCCAAACUUCAAGGCCUUCUCACGCACGAGUACUUGUCAGUCCACCUGCACUUCCACCUGUGUCUCCUUCGAUUUCGCCCUCUUCCGGCGUUGUGAUACCUCGAGCUGAACCUCGCCUGCAGGUUCCCUUCACUCGUUUCACUGCAUAAUCACUCGAACCCUAAGCCUGGGUAUAUUGCAGCAAUUAUAAUCAACGACAGACACGAUAACACGUUUCCCACGUUUAAGUACUCCGAGGUGGAACGAAUAGGAGAAAAUAACUUGGUCCAAUAUCCACCGAGGCAUUUGUGUCGAGAGCUGCGAAACGAAAGAACCUUCAAGACCGAAACUGCGUUGCGUAGCAGGAAAAAACCGGUUGUGCAAUACAAGUACUACCAAAACACCAUCUACGUUGAUCUAACCCCCCACGACAACCCAAUCGUUUACGCUGCGGGAUGAUUCGUUAAUCAAUCCUCGUCGCUUGUUCGAAUUACACAACAUAAGAACUCGAGCUCGUCUAUACCCAACAAGUUGAUUUCCAAGAGUCUCGGCCAGGACCCGAACCCAUUGGUUGCUGCCGAAUCAUCCAACGUCCUGCCGGCACAAGGAUAGUCAGGCGGCUACGUAUUUCUUUUCCGCGACCGCGGGGUUUUAGAUUUUGGUUGUCCUCAUAAUUUUGCGAAUACGUCCACCAUCACCCGAAGCUUGCAUAUUGUCAAAGUAGAUCAGCCACGAUCAAGGGCGAUCUGGUAUUGCUGUUCGCAGGGAAGUCGGUGUUUCGAGCCCCCUCCACGUGAGUUAUAGGUAUUGCUUAAUUUCACAUCAAUUCCGUUUCCCUGGUUUCGCCGCGCAUCAAACACUGUAUGGUUGAUAUUCAUUCACUCCCUCUACUUGGCUGGUGUUGAUCAACAAACUGAUCUGGGAAUCAAGUGCACUGACUGUACGUUAGCUUCAAACGAUAAGCUCUGGCAUAUCGGCUUGCAUAAUAUCACGUUUCAGGCUUCCCAGUACAACGGAAACUCUGACUCUUUACCUACUGGCCUGAUAAGUCGGACGAAAGCUCAAAUUACUGCUCGAGGCUUCCUCUUGGACCCAUCGUUUCUCCCCCCCGGCUCAUUUUAAGCUCAAAGCAUUGAAGAAGGCUCGGUUUCAUGGACUGGGGAACCCCCACACCCCAAUAGAGAGCUAACCAGACUGCUCAAGUAUUUCGUACAACCAACUUUGGGCGAUCUCAACCACGAAGUUUUCGCAAUUUACCACAUACACGAGGUUUAUCAUGGCGUCAAUUCCACGGCCAUCGAGGCCAACGUUCGGGCCUCCAACCACUGCGUUGCCGGCUUUGCCUACGAAAAAGACCCGCAAAAGCACCGGUAACAUUCCAACACCCUCCGAAAUUAGCCCUGGCCCAAUACCAAGUCUCCCACGAAGCGCAUUACGAACGCCUUCGACGUCCACACUUCACUCUCCAACAAUGUCUGGCAGUACGUCCCUACCCAAGACGAGGUUGACACCAGGUGUGAAUGGCGCUGGAAAGACAAUUCGCAAAACAAUCAGUAUUAAUGCCUUUCCACAACCUCCACGGGGAGGGGUCAGAACAGCCAGUCUGCCCCCGAGUCCCUUGGCCGGUGGUUUAGCAGCACCAUCUGCGGGCUCGAGUGGAAGAGGAUCUUCUGACAACAAUUCGACAACACCAGUAACACCUAGUAAACUUCGAGGCCAACGACCAAGAAUUGCAACCACUCCAAAUUCGCAAGGUUUCGUCGGCAGCACCACGCCAAGUCUCCUUAAUGGCAGUGGGGAUAAUCGAUCGAUAUCGAGCGGGCCGGGGGCUCGAGGUUCAGAUGGCCUCUUAAGUCUUCCAUCUCCGCCUCAUAGCCGAAGCUCUUCGGCGCAGGGUUCAUAUUCGACUUCGGCUACAACUUUCGAGGGAGAGCAUGGAGAAGGCGUACGAGGGCGGGACGCAUCUGUGGAUCUUGGCAGUGAAAAUCGUCGAGCAUCGAAACCACCAGAGGGAAAGGGCAACGUAAUUGUUAGCGUGAGGGUUCGUCCGGAUGCUGGCUCUACGGGAAACUCGGAUAAGGCAGGCGGAGAUUGGAUGAUUGAUGGGAGACAGUCGCUUGUGUCAUACCGAGGGAAGGAAGCUGGGGAUUAUUAUUAUGGUAAAUCCGUUCCGGCCUUGCUACCUAUCAGAUGCUAACUUUCUUGUCAGACAACGUUUUUUCAACUCAAGAUAAUAACGCAAAGGUCUACGAUUCAUCAGCGAAGCGAUUGGUUCGAAGGGUAAUGGAAGGAUAUCAUGGAACAGUUUUUGCAUAUGGAAUGACGGGCACAGGAAAGACCUUCUCCAUGCAGGGUACAGCCAGUUCGCCUGGUGUUAUUCCUUUAGCCAUAACCGAUAUUUUUUCAUACAUUCGAGAGACGCCAUCCCGCGAAUUCCUUCUCCGAGUCAGUUACUUGGAAAUCUACAACGAAAAAAUACACGACCUUCUGAGUGCUACACCUGUAGGUGGUGUUGGACCUGGCGCCGGACAGCAGGAAGAGAUCAAGCUUCGGCAAGAUAGCAAACGGGGUGUCUAUGCCAGCCCACUCACAGAGGAGAUUGUCCAGAGUCCAACUCAACUUUUGAGGGUAAUUGCGAGAGGUGACCAAGCCAGGAGGACAUCAAGUACCCAAUUCAACGCUAGAAGUUCUCGAAGUCACGCAGUUGUUCAGAUUGUGGUUGAAAGUCGAGAACGCGUUCCCGGGAAUGGAAAUAUGACUGAUAAGCGGUCUGGAAUAGUCCCCGGUGGUGUUCGAGUUUCCACUCUUAGUUUGAUCGAUUUGGCUGGUUCUGAGAGAGCUGCAGAGACGAAAGAGCGAAGGACUGAAGGAUCGCACAUAAACAAGAGUUUGUUGACUCUUGGGACUGUCAUUGCUCGACUUUCAGGGGACAAAGAUAAAGACGGAAAACCAACUGACAAAGACGGAAAGCAUCUCCCCUACAGAGAUAGCAAGCUCACUAGAUUGCUCCAGGGAGCUCUAUCUGGAGACUCGCUCGUUAGCAUUUUGUGCACAAUCCAAACUGGGGUAUCAGGAACUGCUGCUACAGCAAACACCCAUACUAGUGAAACACUCAACACAUUGAAAUUUGCAGCAAGAGCGAAGAACAAUAUCGUCAGCCAUGCCAAGAAGGCCGAUGAUGCAUUGGGUCCAGGUGGAGAUGGGGCAAGAGGUCUGCUUGAGAGAUACCGGAUGGAAAUUCUAGACCUUCGCAGUCAACUUGAGGGACAAACCAAGCAUAAGCCGGACGACGACGAAGUGAAGCGAGAAAAGGAAGCCGAGUUGCGCCACGAGGAACAGAUGCUAGAGAUGCAAUUGGCUCGAACGGCACUGAAAGACAGGAUCGAGCAUCUUAACCGUCUCAUUCUGAGUUCGAAAUCAACCGGAGUAAACGCAAGUGGUUCAUACUCUUCAUUGAGCAACCAUCCUAGACUCUCAAAGGUACCAUCAAGCGGUCAUCUUUCAUCUAUGUCGAUGCGGUCAUCAAGGGCACCUUCAAUGAAAGGCCGAAGGUCGCUAGACCGAUCAUCGUCGAUUAACUCAACUUCUACCAUUGGCCAACUUCCAAUUAACAAUCGAUUAUCCGGUGAUCAUCAUUCUCUGGGGGAUGAAGAUUCAAUUGGUGACAAUGGUGAUGGCACAGCCAGUCUAGCAGCGCAAAACCGUGCUCUCCAAGCAGAUCUGGCUGACAAAAAUCGAUAUUGCCAAACCCUCGAAAAGCGUCUACUUCAAGCCAGGCGCACAAGCCACUCUAGAUCAUCAAUCAACUUCUCAAUACCCGGGAAGUCAAGCGUGAUGGUUGGCGAAGACCAUGGUGUUGCUGCUCUUUUGAAAGAAAAGGAUGCCGAGAUUGCCAAUCUGCGCUCCCAACUAGACGAUAAGGAUCGAAUGUUAACGGCACUUCGUAGUGCAGCACGAUCGAGGGAUACAGCUGAUAGAGAUCCUCGUUCGUCCGGCUUCGCUGCACUAGCACUGCUUGACGAGGGACCAUUGAGUCCUGUAUCCGCCAGAACUUCGCAACUCGUGGAGGCCAAUGCCCCGGCUGUUGUGAAUCACAAAGUCCGAAAGGAUAGCAAAUCGGUCGAUGAGAUGAGCAAGAUGCUCGAUGACAUGAUCCAGGAUCGUGUAGAGAGCGGGCAACUCGUCAAGGGCGUCAGAGGCAGCAUUCGUCUUCCUAGUGAGCAACGGAAGAAGGAGAUGGCCAUCGCUGAUCCAAUGCCUGGUUCUAUUAGCAAGAACUUACCACCAACACCAAUCGAAGCACCUACUCCGGUACCUGAAGUAAUAUAAUUACACACGAAAAACCACAAAACAAGAGGGGAGUGUAUGAUAAAUGGGGAAUGUGUAUAAUGAAGUCACACCCGGAUAGAAGACACUUGUUGAUCGAGGCGUAGCGUUCUGGGAAUAUUCUUUUUCUCACUGUCCUUUUCUUGGUGCUUUUUCUUUUGUUUAUACCCCACGCAUCGAGCUCUUUUUUUGCAUUUUCCUCCUCCGUCUCACGACGGAAACCCCGAAACCUUGAGAGAGACUCCAAAAUUCAAAACAUUUGUACCCCUUUUGUCAUCCUGAUGCUUGCUCUCUUUGGGUUAAUAAAUCAGGAUGGAGGCGGGUUUUUUUCUUCUUCUUUUUUUCUUUUCGUCUGUAUACUACAACCAUAUUGGAGAAUUCCUUUGGCUUUGGGCGUUUGUGUUGUCUUGUUCGUUGUCUGCCUUCGCUCGUUGCUGUUCAAUAUCUCUUUUUUGUCUUUUUUCUUUAGUUGGAGGGCUUAUUUGGAUUGUUGGGGGGGGCUUGGUUUGGUUGGCUUGGCUGGAUGCUUGCUGGGCUUGCCUGUUACUUUGUUAAUAGAUACCAGAUGAGAAGCUUAUUUGGGCGAGAAUGGAUUAUUGGGAGGGGGUUGUAUAGAGCGAGAGCGAGCAGAGAGAUGCAAAAUGCACAAAUGAAGAUGCAAUUAUGAAAUAUGUUCACGUACUUGAAUCUGGAUUUGAUUGUUCUGUCUGUGAGAGACGGAUGGGAUCAGAUAGCGAGAGAAGUGAAUGAAUAGGCCAAGUCUGGAUUCAACCAACAACGGACAGGCGAUUUUGAGUGCAGCUAAGGUCCAGGUGAA